AUGACGAUGGAGGACAGAAGCAGCCGCAUCGGUGGCAGAGAAAGGCUGGGACUGAGCUUCACUAUUGACUACCUUCUGUUCAAUAAAGGAGUCAAAGGUUCUAAAGAAGAAGCGACAGGAAGUCGUACGGCAGAGCAGACAGCGAGCAACCUGCUAAAUCAUCAGAAUCCUACACCCAAAGAGGUGGGGAUUCGCUCUGAGAUACAGGAGAAGCAGGUACAGAGGUCAGAGGCAGAGACUGAAGACAGGAAAGUCAAAGAAGAGGAGGGGGAUGAAGAGCAACAAGAGGAGGGGGAGGAGGAAGUGACCACCACCACAUCUACCAGCAGCAGUCCAGAGAAGUCGGCAGACAAACCCAACCAGUCGUACAUCGCACUCAUUUCUAAGGCAAUCCUGGCGUCGGAGCAGAAGAAGCUGCUGCUAUGUGACAUCUAUCAGUGGAUCAUGGACCACUACCCGUACUUCAAGAGUAAGGAUAAAAACUGGAGGAACAGCGUGCGUCACAACUUGUCCUUAAACGAUUGCUUCAUCAAAGCGGGCCGCAGUGAAAACGGUAAAGGGCACUUCUGGGCGAUUCACCCCUCAAACUACCAGGACUUUUCUAACGGCGACUACCACUGCCGGAGGGCGCGGCGGAGGGUGCGCAGGGUGGCAGGACAGCAUCCCCUUUCCUCCCUGAGCUCCCCCUACCACCCUGCCCUCGCCCGGCCCCACAGAACGACCUGUUGGUGCUGUCCUCAAGUCCAAACACUUCCUCUCUCCUGCUUGGCGCCCAGACUCUACUGGCCAUGGUCCAGUGUGCAGCCUCAAGUGGGGCUCCAUCCGGGCCUGCGUGCCUCUGUACUGUGA